UCUAUUUACAUCGAACAAAGUUCAGUCCUUGGGCCACAGAGAUAAAAUAGGGAUUGUAAAAUGAGUCAAACUAGCGUGAAACGAGGAUCGGAGGAAAGUUUGGAGGAUAAGCGGCACGUAGACCAGCCGGUGUAUCCAAAGCCUUUACCGAAGCGAGAUAUAAGCUACAAAGUUGACGAAAAUCAGUUCACCAUGGCGGAGAAGGCGGCCCUGCGAAAUGCCUGGCGUCUUAUUGAGCCAUUUCAGCGUCGUUUUGGCCAGGAAACAUUUUACAGAUUCUUAACCGAACACGAGCAUCUCAUCGAUUUCUUCAGGCGCGAUGGCAAAAUCAAUAUGAGCAAACUACACGGGCAUGCCAUGGCAAUGAUGAAACUGAUGGGUAAGCUGAUCCACAAGUUGGAUAUCAAUCUGCAGUUCCGCCUGGCGCUGGAUGAGAAUCUUCCCAAUCACAUGAAGAAUGGCAUCGAUUCCAGUUACAUGAAGAUGCUAGCUAGUGCCCUUAAGAGUUACAUUAUUGAGUCGUCGGUCAUUGAGAAUCACAAGUCCUGUACGCUGACCAGAGCCCUUAACCAACUGGUGCAGAUUAUAGGGGAUUACGCACAAGUGCAUGAAGCCAGAAAACGAGCCUUUUCCGUGGCCCUGAGGCAAACAAUUAUGGGAUCCAUUGAUUCCCCAAAAUCAAGUAUUUGAAGUUGGCUUUGAAAGAUCUCUCGAAAAUAUAAUUAUAUUGGGCAGUCGUUCGAUGUGUU